AUGUAUCGCAUCUCUGUCCUCCUCAUCGAUCACACCCACCUCCGCACAUGCAACCCCCCAGUCCCUUCCUUUCCACACAUCAAGUAUCAUCCCCCGUCCUCUAUGAAGACAAUAGUAACCCCAUUGCCUCCCAUCGAUUUAGUAAAAUCUGACAGCCUCAUCACCGCCAUCAACUUCUUCAAGUUCACCCGUGCCCAGCUUUACCUCAAGGCCAAAGCCCCCAAAAGAUCCCGCUACAACAUGUACACCCUCUUCGCCACCCACGUGUGGCGAUGCACGAGUCUAGCACGUGAGCUCCCCUCAGUCCGGCUUUCCAAACUAUAUAUUGCCACCGAUGGCCGCCAGCAUCUCCAAUUGCAACUCCCAACAAGAUACUUUUGGAGCAUGAUCUUCAAAGUGGCAUCGGUGGUGAAGCUAUCGUUGCUAGAUUUUUACGGCAACAUCGAUGGUGGAGCUAUCGCUACCAGCUACCAGCCCUAA